UUCAUUAAAGGUAACAGUCAAGGGAAUCACCAAGAAGAUGGAUUACUGGGUUUACUAGAUGAUUACCUUAACCAACAAUUACCAGGAAACUUGACCUUAACAAUUCAACCAAUGCGUCAUAAUGUCGACAUUCAAAAUAUUCUUGGCCCCAGWUCACAGUGCAAGGAAURUUGCACGUUUCUCUAUGACGGAUAUGGAAGAUGGGUCAAUGGGACUUGGGCCCCAUUUGUUCCACCAAUAUGCAACAGUAGCACAAACUACGCAAAACCUACUGGUACAAUAAUAUCGUAUGGCGAUUCAAUGGCACUUCGAUUUGGAAAUUCCAUGGCCAGGAACAAAAAUAUUCGUAAAGUCUACCAAAGAUCUACAUAUCGAUAUAACUGGAUCUAUCCCAAAGAAAAGAUUUGGAUAUUGAUCGAGUCGUGUCACAUAUACAACAUUGGCUUACAUUAUGUUGUGACUGUCAACUUCAGCUCAUAUCAGAUUCUKUUAGAAAAGGUUCUUGAUUUACUUUUUGUCAAUCAAACUCUGCAAAAUAAAGACAAGCUACAACCCAGAUACAAAACCCCGGUUAUUUGGAAAACUACUACUCAAUUAAAGAGAGAAAACUUUGAAAUGCCUAAUCGUACUURUGGUCGAUUUCUCUCUACUYAGAGAGUCCUUCUUUACAAUGCAUAUGCAACAUGGAGAAUGUGUAGAGCUGGGAUUCCUGUGCUUGACGUUUUACCAGUAACUCUGUCAUAUCCUCCUGGACCAAUUGAUGUCGUACAUUACCCAGAUCAUGUUUUCAAGCAAGCUGAGGACGCCUUGGCUGAUUUCAAAAGAUUUCACAACAACAAAAGCAAUCGACUGAUAAGAACUUGUUUCAUCUAAAUUCCAUUCAAAUAGAUUAUAUUUUUAACCUUCAUGCUGAAGGGUAAAGUCAUUCUUUUUAACAAGACCGUGAAAUGACACUUGAAAGAAUUAAAAUUGGGAAUCCUGUAGAUGRUCSCAAAUAGAUCCCUGGCUGCAUGCCAGUAGUGAUCCCUGAGCCUAUAUAUGGUUUGUGAUCUCUAUCCCGAGAGUAAGAUCAUUGAUCCCGGUUACCAUAGCAAUGUCAGGUGUGUUUUAGUGGAGAAAUGACAUUUCUAUGUAAACAUUAGAGAAUUUCCACUUUUAAAAUUUAAAUCAAUAUAUUAAAGAACACGGGACAAUUGGAACAUUGGAAAUUCCCUUUUGUCUAGACAACAUUUUCAAGAUUGGMUGUWUGCAGCAAMAAAGAAACAAAGAUUAAGUCGAUUUAAAACCCCAAUUACACGACAUUUUAAUUGCAUUUGAUGAUGACAUAAUUACUAGAGCUAUGAGCAUGACCCAUGCACAAAAUGCAUUAUAGUCCUGCUGCUAAUGGCCAUAAUUGUUCAUGUUGUGAUAAAAGCAUGAAACUUGGCCAGAUUACUAAGUUCACCUAUGGGAUUAUUUUGUGAUAUGCGGCCACGCAAAAUAUCUACCCAAAACAAAGAACUGCGCAUGCCUUAAAAUGGCCGUGCGUGAAACGAGUCUGGAUGUUUUAUCCACAUUAAAUUGCUAUCUAGUAGUCUUCAUUUGAGUUGAAUGAUUGGA